UGUAGGGUUAGGAAUUUGGAUACUCAUAACCUCCUUGCCACUUCACGUGUUUUCCGGCCGCCGUCGUCGCCACUGCAUCAAUGAAGGAGCGUCGUCAGUCACAGAUGUAGGAGCUUCCCCCUCUCACCGGCCAGCUGUACCAGCGUUUGUGCAUCGAUGCCCAAUCCCUAUGUGCUGGAUUCCUUCGUUGUACUCACCUAGGGUUAGGAUAACUGAGUACUUCCAUCUUCAACCCGCGAAUUCUGGCGCCAUCACUCUCUCUGCUCCAUCGUUAUCUCUGACCUAUCCUAUCUAUUGUUCACAUGACGCAGCUACUAUUGACCUGCAUCUACAUUACCAAACAGCUGUGGAGCAAGCUUUAUAGCCUGUUAUUUGUUGUUUGAUUUGAUUCGCAGUAUUUCCAAGGCUCCAUUUGUUGGUAUAAAUGUAACAAACAGUUGAGGAGAAUUUGAUACUUUAGAAGGUUUUGAACCAACAUAUGCUACUGCUACUGUAAUCAUCUCUUACUAAGCAUUUAUUUCUAGACUUUAUGGCAAUUGCAGAUCUUCCAUUUCUUCCACUUUAUUUUGUUCCUCACUUUCUUUAUUUUCUUUCACUAACUAAGCCGUUCAAAUAUUCUCACAUGCUAUUGGAAAGGCUCCUAAAGAUAAGGUAAUAUAUGCGUGGUUGAAAAUGAUAGAUCAAGGGUUGUAAUUGAAGAAGCUCCCAGGAUUCUGUUGAAUGUAUUUUCUUUCAAUAAUUCAGCUGAGAUUUUGGCUAUUUGUGGUGAAUGCAACUAUCAAACUGGUUUCGAUUUAAAGUGGAGGUUUUUGAUGGGCGAGAUAGUGCUGUCUUCUUGCUAUUUGAUCUUGAGGCAGAGCUUUUAACGGGCUUUUCAUGUGAAAAGCUUCUGAACACUAUUGAAAUUGAGAAUAAAGUCAUUCCUGAUGGUGAUUACCCAGAUGACAUUGAAGAACGCCUAGCUGGCAAAGAAAUGCUAUUCAAAGUGUGCAACAAUUCUAGGGUUAAGCAUGACCGAGAUGAUUGCUUCCAAAUUCUUAGGAUAUGUACUAACCUUGGUAUCAUUGCAAUGUUCCAUGAACAUGAUGUCUUAGUUACUCCCAAACAGGCAAAGUUCUCUCCCCCUUUAGUGAGAUGGACAUAACUGAAGAGGAUGGUGAGAUUAGCCUUAAUGUGACUGGUGAAAAAAGUGCAUUGGCUGGUAGCAAUGCAAAGGACAAAGGACCUCACCAUUUACGCAAGAAGUUGCUGAUAGACUUUGAACCAGAUGAAGAAGAUGAUGCUGGACUUGCUGGUAGGGAUGAUGGUACUUUUGCAAAGAUUAGUCCUCUCUCUAAUAUGGCCCGUGAUGCUAAUGGGGAAGGUAAUAUGCCAGAUGCCAUUCGGUCUCAAACCGAUGCUAGAGGCCUGUGAAUUCUGCAGUAGAGACCGGCAUAACUUCUUGUGUGGUUCAUGAACCUAAACCACCUAUGUUUGGAGUUGAAUUGACUACCAAGAACAACAAAUGUCUGUUAGCAGUUAAGAUUGAGGCAACUGCUGAUGCUGGCGCAGUCCCUCAUGAGGGAGCUAAUUGCAACUCUAGUCUGAAAUCUAUGCCAUUAUUUGGAGAAGAAAGCAUAGAGGCUCCCUUGACUAUGAAUUCUACUAAGAAGAAUCUGAAGAUUGAAGUUUCCCACGUUGAAGUUGAAGAAGUUCUUAACAAGAUGGUUGAUGAUUCUCACAUAAUUGUCAUAUCAGAUGAUGAGGAUGAUGUUGGUGCUUGAUGCAUAUCUUAGCUUAUUAUCUACAUGGAAGAUGGAGGACGUUAGUUGUCCUCUCUUGCUAUAAAAGAUGAAGACUGUCUUCUAAGACAACUGCCACCAAGGGCUUUCUAUUUUCCUACUAUUAUCAUCUACUACUAUUAGGUCUUUUUGAUGGGUGAAUUAGAACUUCCCACUGUGCUACCAGCAUAGUUACACACUCCAAUUUGAUGUUGUGUACUUAGGUAUAUGUAGUUUGCAUUGGAUGUAUCCUGAAAAUGCUGUAAUGCAACCAUAUGUAUUAAUUAAAUAACUUCCAUGUUCAAAAGUUUA